AUGGGCAGCACUGUCAAGGCUUAUAUUGAUGAUAUGGUGGUCAAGAGUAAGAAGAAGAGCGAUCAUUUAGCGCACCUGCAAGAUGUGUUCGAUGUGUUACGCCAGUAUGGAAUGAAGCUUAAUCCGGCCAAAUGCUCAUUCGGUGUAAGCUCCGGUCAGUUCCUGGGACAUGUGGUCAAUCAUAGAGGAAUUGAAGUCAGCCCAGCACAGGCAGAAGCCUUGGUCAGGAAUGCAGAGCCAAAGACAAUUAAAGAGGUGCAGGCACUCACAGGACGGAUAGCCGCACUGAGCCGAUUUAUUUCCAAGCUUUCAGACCGCUGUAAACCUUUCUUUGAUACAAUACGAGGGCAUGGAAGACAAACCUGGGGGGAUGAGCAACGGCAGGCGCUAACCAGCCUGAAGGAGUACAUGCGUAAUCCUCCGGUUCUGUCUGCUCCAGAACCGAAUAAGAAACUCUUUCUAUAUCUCGGGAUAUCCAGUAUAGUAACCAGUGCCGUUCUGAUCCGUUGCAAAGAGGGCAAGCAGUUCCCGGUGUUUUAUGUUAGCAAGACGAUGUCUGAACCGGAGAGAAGGUACUCUAGGGCCGAACGAAUGAUCUUGUCGCUGGUCAACGCAAAAAGGAAGCUUAGACACUAUUUUGAAUCUCAUCCAAUCGUCGUUUUAACAACUUUCCCUUUGAGAAUGAUCCUGCACAAACCGGACCUGUCGGGGAGAAUGACUAAGUGGGCCAUUGAAUUGAGUUCAUUCAAUAUCACGUACGAGCCCAAGACGGCAAUCAAAGGUCAAGCGGUGGCGGAUUUCCUACUUGAUUGUGAUGCUGAAGGUGCGGUGGAGGAUUGUAAUUGUUCCUGGUGGAAGCUUUUCGUGGACGGCUCCUCGAAUCAAAUGGGGGCCGGAAUUGGAAUUCAAUUACAAACACCAGAAGGAACUACGCUGAGCCAAGUGAUAAGACUAGAGUUCAGCGCGACCAACAAUGAGGCAGAAUACGAGGCGUUGAUAGCUGGACUGAAGUUGGCUAAAGAAUUGAAGAUCAAGAAUCUGAUGGCUUAUAGUGAUUCACAACUAGUCAUUCGACAAGUCAAUAGGGACUACGGGGCCAAGGAUGAGACUAUGGAAGCAUACCGAACUGCGGUUCUGAGUGAGGCGAAAGCCUUUGAUCAGAUCAGGUUUAUCCAAUUGCCGAGAGAGUAUAACGAAGAUGCCGACCACUUGGCUUGUAGUGCAUCCAGUUCUGGAGAUACUUUAGCUAGGGUCAUCCCGGUCGACAUACUGAUCCAGCCUUCCAUUUUUGAAGAACUGCCUAAUCCGAGCACUCAACAUGUUAAUGUUAUACCAUAUGAGCCGAGCUGGAUUGAUCCAAUCAUGGCUUACAUACGUAGUGGUACACUCCCCGAGCGUAAGGACGAAGCAAGAAGAAUUAGGUCCAGCGCAGCAAAGUAUGCCAUUGUGCAUGAUCAGUUAUAUAGACGCUCCUUCUCGGGUCCAUAUUUGAAGUGUGCUACCCCUACAGAAGCAAGACAGAUUAUGCGAACCAUUCAUGAAGGAGUAUGCGGAAAUCACUCCGGAGGAAGAUCUUUAGCACACAAAGCAAUGACACAGGGGUCAAUCGUGAUGGACAAUGGAACCAACCUCGAUAGCAAGCAAGUGAGAGAGCUGCUGGAGGAAUAUGGAAUCAAUCAGAAGUUAGCAGCAGUCAGUCAUCCUCAGGCUAAUGGUCAAGCCGAAAUCACAAACAGGACAAUAUUUGCUUGUAUCAAGAAAAAGCUGGAGAAUGAAAAAGGCAAAUGGUUGGAUGAGUUACCAAACGUCUUGUAG